AUGGGGCUUUUCAAUCCCGUUCGAGCUCUGGUGAUACCCGGCUUCUGUCUCAUCACCGUUCCUCUCGCCAUCCUGGCCGGAAUAACCACCACCCUGGCCUUCUCCGUCCUUCUCCUGCGCGUCUUCACCGUCUACCUAGACAUUCUCCUAUCCCUGGCGCCACGAUGGCCUUCUCGCCGACUAUUCUUCACCACUGCCGCCGUCGACAACGACACGGGGGCCACCAAUUAUCCGAGCACUUCCCAUCAUCAGCGACGCCACAGCCAUACCCCCCGUCGCCGACGCCGCAGCUCAACCGCCUCCUCAUCGUCCCUGGGCGAGCGCGGCCUCGGCCUGGUCCCCAGCGUCGGUGCCGAGCGUGACUUCGAAGGUAUCGGCGGUUGGCGUCUCGGCGGCCAGAUAGACGACGACCUGUGGAGCACAGCGUGCAACCCUCCUCUCGAGAUGCCCGACCGCCCGGUGUCCUACUUCGGACACGGCCACCACCACAGGUCAUCCUCAGCCAACGGCGGACCUACCACCCCCGGCGAAGGUGGUUAUCUCAUGAUGAAGAGUCGCACGCCGAGAGCCAAUGCCGGCGUCGGCAGCAGCAGUAGCGCCACCGCAUAUCCCUUGGCCUCGUCGCCGUCGUUGGCCGCGUCGCCCAACAACUCGAGGGCGCGUACGCCGUCUGGGCCGCGCCUGAAGUUCACACCCACGCAGCAGCCUGAUGGGUAUUUUGCCUUGAGCAGAAAUACGUCUCCUCAGGCAACAAAAAGGCAUUAG